AAUCUAAGUGCAAAAUGGCGGCCAAGAUUGUCCUGAGAGGAGUUUUGAGAUGGGUAUGUAAGCUUAAUUUCUGUUAUUUAUACUCAAAACAAAAUGAAUGUAUACUCUUACUAGAAAGAAAAACCUCGUCUUAACUGAUUAUUAUGCCUUUUUCAACUUACAUGUUAAAUGACUGCGUAAUAUUCGCAGUUUCGCUAAAUUCAAUUUGGAGAUAAUGUACCUUCACGUUCUUGGAAAGCCAAUAUUCUAAUGAUUUUGACAGAAAGGUAAAGAAAUUUUUGUAUAAAAACAAACAAAUAAACAAACCCCGUAUAAACUUUAGAAUACUCAGCUACUUAUUAAGUUACAUCUUUCAAAGUAUUAACAAAAUGCAAAAAUAAAGUUUAAAAAAUAUAUAAGAAAUAAUACUAAUAACAUAUUCCUCCCAUUCUCAUUCCCAACAGAGGGGCCGUUUUUUAGUUGCUGUCUCAGUUCCCGUCCUUGGUGCACCGUUUUUGUCAACAGUAAAGGCUGGUUCCAUUAAAGUCCAUCCCAGGGAGGUAAAAAUGAGAGAUCAAUUAUAUGUGAAUAAAGUUAUUUUGUCAGUUGUUAAGCUGUUGUUUGGGACAUGCCAUGUUUUAUCCACAACCCCCUCUCCCUCCACCUUAGGAUGCUGUAUUUUGGAUGGGACAGGGAGAGUUGGAUUUUUCUUUAAAGAAGCCAACAAAAUUUCAGACAAAUUUUCCAAUGGUGCCAGCAAAAAAUGAACUCUUCAGAAUUCAUUUUUCAAAGGCUGCGGAAAAAAAUUUGAGGGUUCAGAUUCCAGUCAUUUUUAGCAGGAGGGGAUAAAAAAUGGAAGGCCAUUUUUGUAUAGAAGUUACUGAAAACAAAUAAAGCGUUCUCCUUGAUAACAUUGCAUACAUACCUAAAUCUUGAAAUUUUAUUUCAGUUGCAAAUUUAUGAUCCUGUAGUUGAUUCAACACAAAAUACUGCAAAGCCAGCGGAGGAGCCAGUCACUGAGAUGGAGCAGAAAGUCUCUGUGGCAAGAAAAUUUGUUUGGGGAUGGACAUCCAAGGUGAAGGUAAGCAAUGGGAGUGGUCAAGUCAGUGAUGUGGGUUUUUCAUGUGUAGAGAGUGGAGAGUUAGGUAAGAUGCGGUGUCAGAAAAAUUGGGACCACCUGGUCACUAAUAAAGAGACUUGACAGUAACUUGAAGCUAGUUUCGUAACUAUUUCUCCUGUCAAAUGUCUUGUAAAGUGUUGUUUGAGCAAUAUGGCGAAAAAAGUAAGAAAUUGUCAAAUCUAAGCUGCAAUUGUUUAGCAGCUGACAUAGGUUUUGUCAUGAAAUGCUUUCUGUCCAGAGAGACUUGUUUAUAGAAAGAAUCAGGAAGGCUAGGAUCAGUGAAAUGACCUUGGGUUUUGGUUUGUGGUAACGUUACAAAACAUGAUGUGAAAUGUCUAUAGUGGGUCUUCACUUGGACCUUGCUGAGAAUAUGGGAAAAACACAUCAACUCACCUAGGAUAUUAUAGUAAAAAGGUUACAAUGGAUUUGACAUCAAAUACAUUUUGAUAUAUACAUAUAUAACACCUAACAAAGUGCCUGUAACUGAACAUGUCUUUAUAUUCAACAGGAUGGUAUUUCACAAGUUAGGACGACAUACUCAUCUGUUGAAGAGAAAUCAUUUGGUGUGUAGACUUAAUGUUUUGUUGCCCACAGCACAGGCAUUAAAAUAUUUAAAAUUAGAAUGCGCUGAAGGCCACUUCUUCAAUGAAAUUUGUCUAAUUCAAGCUUCAUUUUUUUGCUAAUCAAUUGCCUCCUAGUUUGAUGUUGUUGUUGUUAAUUUUAUAGUCUUAGUGCAGUGAUAAUAAAUUGUUAAAAAUAGUUGUGGUGAGUCCAGGACUCAGAGGUAACAAAAUCACUGGUUAGUGUCAUUGAGGUUAGAUAUAUUUAAAGUUACACAAGCAUUCCUAUUGGCAGGUUAGAAUCAUCCCACAAUAACAUUUGCUAGAAACACAUGCCAAAGGCUAAAAUUGUUGUUUUGACCAGAUGCAAAGGAAAGAAACUCAGCUUGGAGCCAGUCAUGGUCACUCCUUAUUAGAAUUAUUAUCAGUAUUUUUAAAUAAACAUUUCAUUCAAGAAUAAAACAUGGUGACUGUUCAGCAUACAGAGAAAUGGAUAAGGUAAUAAAGUUAAAACACAAAGGUAGAAGAGGAAGUUAACCCUUUAAGUCUCAACAGUGACCAAGAUCAAUUUUCUCCUAACAAUAUCCAUACACUGUCAAGAGAUAAGUCAUGAGAAUUAAUAAAAUGAUCACCCAAGAGAAAAGGCCCUGGUCUUACAUUAAAUUCUCUCAACUAAUUCUUAAAGGAAAUGUAUGGAGAUCAGUUUGGAGAAUUUGUAUGUUGAUAUUUGGACUUAAAGGGUUAAUGUGUAAAGGUCAUUCUCUUGCCGCAGUCAGUCACAAACUUACAUCUAACUUAUUUCCUUGUCAGUGUUAUCGUGUAUACAACCAAAAAGCUAUUACAAGGAAGUACUUUAAUGAUUGAGCUUGAAGGAAGUGCUGUGUUGCAUUUAUUUAUGUAAUAAAUAAUCUUUCAAUCAUCAAAUGUAUUAGAGAUUUACAAUGAAGCUUCUUAAAAGAUAGUGAUAUUGUUCAUCGUGGAUAAUUUAUGUAUUUUUUAUCGUUCUCCAUGCAGAGUUUUGGAGACUAAUUCAGACAGAUACAACAUUUCAAAUCAAAGUUGGUGGGAUAAGUACAGCUGUUUUGGUUGGUGCUGUUUUAGCAGGAAGGGGGCGUAAGUAGAAUAUUUGUCUGUCUCAUGAACUUCUCAAAGUGGGGAGUAAGGUGGAGAGGCGGAGAACUGAAUCACCCAAUGUAAGGGAAUCCUGAUUCCAGAAUCCGGGAAAUCUUUGCUUGUGGAAUACAAAGUCUGGGAAAAUCUUACUCAUGGAAUCUGAAAUCCUAGGCUUUGGAAUCCAGAAUCCAGAAUCCAGAGUUUGUCGUCUUAUCCGAGUUGAAUAAAUGGUUACCGGAAUUUUUCCAGCCAUCAUAUCUCCUUUCAGUUUUGGUAAAAUAAAAAUGAGAGUAGUAUCAUAAUCAAACAACUGCUAUCGCAUUUCUGUUACAACUCUGUUGUAUACUAUGAUCACAGCACAACACAAGCACAAUGCCACUGGUAAAAAAAAGCGACUGAAACAUAAAUUAAAUUCCCUUUAGAGAAGAGCAGAACUUAACUGUUUAUCUUUCGUAUGUGGUAUUUAACUUCUAGGUCGGCCAAUCAGAAGGAUAUUUUAUUCUGCUGUGCUGGGAACAACUGCUGCAACUAUCUGUUAUCCAAAUCAAGCGGUUGAUAUAGCAUUGGUUAAUUAUGAUAGACUAAAGGUGUAUACAAGAGAACAGUGGCACAAGUUCAACCAGACAAGAACAGAACAGGCCGCUUCCAAGAAACUUGAGAGUCCAGUUGAAGACACGGAAAUUUCCAAAGAUCAAGAUAAAGCGACCGAAAAUGUGCCUGAGCAAGCUAAUGUGGAGCUAAGAGAAGACAAAGUAGAAGUUAAAGAAGUGCCCGAAGAAGUUCCAGAAGAAAAGGUUGUGGCAGUUGCUGAGCAGAAGCCCAAGGCAUCAUUCUGGAGCAAUAUCCCGUUUCUUGAUAAGUUCAUCGGCAGCCGGGAAUCAGCAACAGGUGAUGAGGUUAGUCCGCCAGUAGCCGUCGGUGAGGGAGAGGAUGUGAAAGGGUCUGGAGAUAUUAAAGACCAAGUUAUAGUUCAACAAGAGUCUACAAGUGGAGAAGUAAAGAUCCAAGGAGACAUUGGACAGUCCAACCCAGAAGACAAGGACAUGUACUCAACACGAUCAUGAACUAUCAAAAUAAUGCAACCUAGACAAAUUUAACAGUUAACAAUUUAUUACCGUUCUGGAACUUUGAAAGGUCGCACAUACGAAGAAACUGGUAAUUGACUGGUUAUUUGAACCAGAAGACGUUUUUUUAAGCCGAAAUUGUGAAAGGACCCUGCUAGUUACGCAGUUUAUUGCAAAUUCAAAAAAUAUAUAAGAGACCUUUAGAUUCGACUACGAGUACGAGAUUUGAUUUAAAGUUUUUUUCGCGUAUUGUCAUAAGAUAGACACCCCGAAAUUCUUCAUUGUACUUUUCUUCACCAGAAAAGUUAGCACUGUUAUCGUUAUUGAAGGAGGUUGAGACCUCUCCCGAUUGCAAAAUGCUAAAACUUCUAAUAUUUCAUAACUAGUUUCCGCCACCACGACAUUCUCGUUAAAACUCGUAGAACAAUGACGACGGCUACUACGUUUUCGCGCCAAAAUGACGCUGGUUCACGCGCGAGCACUACUUACUGUUGAGAAAAUCUCGUACUCGUAGUCGUUCUCGUCUUAGAAUCUAAGCUCUCUAUUGAAAAAGGGUUAAGGUUAAGGUGGACAGCCCAUAGAGUCUGUGAGUUAGUUGUUACUUACUAAUUUCGUCUCAUUCGCAACAAGUUUAAAUCAGUCCUGUGUGGUGAAGAUGGCUGACAGACUUGACCUGUAAGGCAUAAGCCAUUUUUUAUGCAAAUUAAUUUUGCUGCUAAAAAUAUUAAGUGUUAUAAUAACUGCACGAAGCAAUAAACGUCUCUUGUUGUGGAGAUAUCUCCUUCAACCCAAUAUUUUUAAGGAAAAAAGUACUACGCAAGAUGGUCAAGUUAUGUUGCAACAGGGUAAAUAUGUAUUUCGCAGCGUUUGAGAAUAUGGUGGUUUGGUUCGUCAGGAAAACUCAUAUUCCAGGGUACAGCAUAUUGGUUUCUAACUGCAUUAGAAACAAGUCAUGAUUCAAUUUAAGCACUUUAUUCUUUUAAAGAAUAACGAAAGAAUCAAAAGGCGUGUCAGUUUACUUAAACCUCGCUGUGAUUACCAAAUUUAGAUUAAAAGGUAUUGCAGAAAACGAAGUUAAUACUAGAAGAUGCUGUCAAUUGAUGUUAGUCGUAAAUUAAAAAUAGGGUACAAAAGC